AUGCGCGUCCUCUCAGCCCUCUUGCUCUUCCUUAGCAUGGGUAUCACAGCCCUCGCGCGCCCGCGCAACUCCCUCCACGCGCUGACGCCGCCGAAACCCCUUCCAGCUGCCCGCGCUCUCAAGCAGCACCACGUCUUGCGUUCGUCCGAGGACACUUGCGGGCACCUCACUAGCUCCUCGCUUCAGCUCGCAGCCAUUGAUAUUGACAUCGACCUUACUGCGGACAUCCUCGGCAUCUUCCUCAACAUCGACAUCUGUAUCUGCAUCUCGCUCCUGCCCCUCGAGGUCGACGUCGGACUUGGUCUCGAUGCACUCGUGCCGCUCUUGGGUCUCGGAGACUUGAACGCGCUUCUCGAAGCCGCGCUCAACAUCGGCCCAGUUGAUGAUACCCACUGCACCCACUGUACCUACCCGCCCCAUGCGAAGGCCGCUCCUUCUUGCGGCGACAGCAUCUCUUGCGGAUGGAACUGCGAGCCGCCGUAUGUCAAGGAAGGCGACCAGUGUGUUUGCCCCGCGCCGUGGAAGGAGUGCAAUGGCGUCUGCGGUUCGUACCCGAAGGGCUGUGGCUCAUCUACCCCCUGGAAGCGUGAUAUUCUCGCAAACCACGCUCGGGUGUCCACUGGCGUCGUGCGGACGCUCGCGGAUGCGCAGGCAACGUGCGGACGAGAUGAGACUGUCUGCGGUGUCUACGGUGGCUCGUCCCGCGCGUACGAGUGCCUCAAUGUCAACACGACACUUGAGAGCUGCGGUGGAUGCACUGUGCCCAGUCCAUUCCUCUCCAUUUCGAGGAGCGGCUCCGUCUCUGCACCUGGCGUGGGCCUAGCGAGUGCUAGCGGCGUCGACUGCUCGUCCCUCCCUGGUGUGAGCCGCGUCUCGUGCGUUGCCGGACGUUGCGCCGUCAGCAGCUGCUCCGCGGGCUGGGUCGCCAACACCUCCGGUGACGGAUGCGUUCGUGCAAGCGCUCUUGCCGUACAGCGGAAGCGCGCUGAUGAUGCGCUCCUUGACUUGGUCGUCGACUUGACAGCCGACAUCGACAUUCUGUGA